CUUUUUUUUUCCUUCUCUUCUUCUCCUCCCUUCAAAAUCCUUUUUAGUACCAGAAGGCAGUUCACCAUAUAUGGUUACAUACACACUACACAAUGGGAACACUAUGCCUGCUCUUGGAUUGGGCACUUACAGAAUGAAAACAGUGGAGGAAUUACGACCUGUCAUAAAUCAAGCUAUUCGGUCUGGCUAUAGACUAAUAGAUUCUGCUACUGUUUACAAGAAUGAGGCUGCCAUUGGUUCUGUUUUGAAAGAUAUCUUUGCUGAUCCUUCUUUUGGAAUUCAACGACAAGAUGUCUUUAUCACCUCUAAACUAUCACCGCAACACCAGGGAUAUGAGAAAUGUUAUCAAGCUGUCCUGGAUUCACUCGAGCGAUUUGGGUUGGAUUAUCUAGAUCUUUACUUGAUUCAUUGGCCAGGUACAUCAAAAACCAAGUUAUCCGAUCCUGUGAAUCAACAAAAUCGUAUGGCUAGUUAUCGUGCAUUAGAGCAGCUUUACAAAGAAGGCAAAAUUCGACAUAUUGGGGUCUCGAAUUAUACAACAGCUCAUUUACAACAUCUCUUGGAUCAUUGUACCGUUAUUCCUCAUAUCCAUCAAUUUGAACUGCAUCCAUGUCUUUAUCAACCUUCUCUUUUACAACUCUGCAACCAACAUCAGAUUCAAAUCCAAGCAUACUCAAGUCUAGGUGAAGGCAAAUUGAUUGAUGGCACAGUAUGUAUAGACGGCUUGAAAGACAUUGCGGCAGCUCAUCAUACCUCUGAACCAACUGUACUCUUACGCUGGGCUCUUCAACAUCAAUGGGCUAUCAUCCCAAAAUCAACAUCACCACAACGGGUUCAAAACAAUGCUAUGGUUUGGAAUCUUAAUUUAUCAUCUCAGGAAAUGGAACAACUGGAUCAAGUACAUCAAUCUCAAUCUUAUCGGUUUUGCUGGGAUCCCUCUGAUAUUUACUAGUUAGAAUACCACCAUGUAUAUUAUUAGUUUUUGUUUUUUUAUAUAAUAAACAUUUUUAAUUUUCUUUUUUUUUUUUA